AUGUCCCUAAAUAUGUCGCUUUAUUACGUUUUCACACACUCAUUCAACCUACCUGAAGAGUACGCAUGCCCGGACUUUAUGACUAAAUCUUCGAGGAAACAGCCAUUGUUGGGCGCAUACUUUCUUAUUAGUGGAAUCGUCUUUUUGGUCUUAUACUUCCUGUGCUUCCUUGCUGUUCUAAAAUUGAAUCUGAAAAUUCCUGUCUACCAACUUAUGCUGGUCCUUUCAAUUUUUGAUAUAUUAUCGCUUAGCGUAAACUCGGUGGCCACAGGAAUAUUCGACAUAAUUGGGAUCUCGUUUUGCCAGUGUCCCCAUGCAAUAUUCUUUUUGGGAGCUAUUGGACAAGCAAGCUGGAUGAGUGGAAGCGCUUGCUCAAUACUUCUCGCCGUUGAAAGAUGUGUGGAAAUCAAUCCAAAGUUUAUAUUGGAACGGUUAUUCCGCAAAAGGGUGUUUUGUUGUGUACUUGCAACUAUUAUAAUAUACAGUAUUUGGUCUGUAAUAUGCGUUCAGCCUGUGCUAUUUUCGAUUGAAUAUAGCUCAUGGUUUUUUGAUCCAUUGAUUGGAAAUGAUCCAGACAUUUACCUAUGUAACCCAGAUACAGUGAACAACUGGGUUCUUCUCACUACCAUUACCGCCCUUUAUUUUUAUCUCUCAUACCACUUACUUUUCAAAUUUGGAUAUUCUACGUCAAUAUGGCUAUACAAAACUAGACGUCAGAUAAUAUUCCAAGCAUUGAUGCUUUGCGUUUUCCAUGGAAUCGUCUGUGGCAUUUAUGAAUUCAUGAAGUAUGUAUAUUUCUCACAUACGCUGGUUAUUUUGAGCCAACUUUUGUGGGGAUGGAGCAGUGGCUGCAUGUGCAUAGCAUAUCUGGCAUUUAAUAGAACAAUUCGGAACUCUGUCUUGAAAAUAUCAAUACCGAAAAGUAUCCGAGAACGUUAUGGAUUGCACGUUGGUUUUGAAGAGCACUUGGCACAAACUGAAGCAGCUCAUAAUCCCGCGGUUAUGAAUGCGGCUGGAUCAACUGUUAAGAUGAAUAAUUUUAUUCAUUUUUAA